GCUCCCCAGCACGUUCACGCCUCUGCAGACUCAACCUUAGGUCAUACCAGGAUGUCGGACGCCGAAGAGCAGGAAUGCGAGGAGGAGCAGCCCGAAGAAGAGGAGGCUGCCGAGGAGGAGGCUGCAGUGGAGGAGGAAGAACCCUCCCCAGCCCCCGAAGAGCCGGAGCCGGCGGCAGAGCGAGAAGAGGAACGCCCCAAACCAAGCCGCCCCAUGGCUCCACUGAUCCCCCCAAAGAUCCCGGAAGGGGAACGCGUGGACUUUGAUGACAUCCACCGGAAGCGGCAGGAGAAGGACCUCUUGGAGCUGCAGACGCUCAUUGAUGUGCAUUUUGAGCAGCGCAAGAAGGAGGAAGAGGAGCUCAUUGCGCUGAAAGAGCGCAUUGAGCGGCGCCGGGCAGAAAGAGCUCAACAGCAACGCUUCAGAACCGAGAAGGAGCGCGAGCGUCAGGCCAAGCUGGCGGAGGAGAAAAUGCGGAAGGAAGAAGAAGAGGCUAAGAAGAGAGCUGAGGAUGACGCCAAAAAGAAGAAGGUUCUGUCCAACAUGGGUGGCCAUUAUGGGGGUUACCUGGUCAAGGCAGAGCAAAAGCGGGGCAAGCGCCAGACAGGGCGGGAGAUGAAGGUUCGAGUCCUGUCUGAUCGUAAGAAGCCUCUGAACAUCGACAGUAUGGGAGAGGACCAGCUCCGGGACAAGGCCCAAGAACUGUGGGACUGGAUCCACCAGCUGGAGUCUGAGAAGUUUGACCUGAUGGAGAAGAUGAAGCAGCAGAAAUACGAGAUCAACGUGCUCUACAAUCGCAUCAGCCACGCCCAGAAGUUCCGCAAGGGGGCAGGGAAGGGCCGCGUUGGAGGCCGCUGGAAGUGAGGCUGAGGUGGCCGCCAGCCUGGAGAAGGCAGCGGGAGUCCUUGGAGGGCUCUUCCCAUCUGUUUCUUGAAAUAAACGGCGCCUGCGGUCACCUG